AGAAGAAGCAGCAGGAAGGAUUUCUCCCCCAUGCGUGUGGACUGUAAACAUGUGUUACCAAACCUGUCAAAUCCUCCUAAAGAAGCGAUGCUUUUCGUGAACCGAAUACCCCCUGUUUUAUACAACUUGAUUUAUCAACACAAUUAUUUUCUCUUUGGUUGACUGCAGUUAUUUUUGGGUUUUUUUGGGGGGUACAGACAGCAGAGGUGACACUACCGAACUGCUGUUUAAAAUGUCAACAGCGUGUUAAACGGUACAAUGCUGGCGACUUGGUCGAGAGUUCAGACACUUCGUUGGUGCUUUCUGGACAAACUGUGGAGAUGCAGUUCAGGUCCAGGACAUGGGUUUCUGAGCCUGCUGGGUCUCGGUGUGAGGGGUCUGAGCUCGUCCCCGCCGCUGGCGGCCAAAGUGCGAGGAGAGCCCCGGAGGAGAGGAGACAUGUCCGAGAAGAAGCUGACCCGUCACUUUGUGGACCAUCGACAUGUGAAGCUGGUAGCUGGUUCUGGUGGCAAAGGCGCUUGCAGCUUUCUCAGUGAGCCCCGGAAAGAAUGGGGUGGACCGGAUGGAGGAAAUGGAGGAGAUGGAGGAAGCAUCAUUCUGAAAGCUGACAAGUUUGUCAAGUCGUUGUCACAAGUGGUUCCAGUUUACAAGGCUGAGAAUGGGCAGUCUGGAGGCACCAAGAACUGUUAUGGUCGGAAUGGCAGCACAACUUACAUUUCUGUGCCUGUAGGAACUGUGGUGAAGGAGCAGGGCAAAACCCUACUGGACCUUGCUGAGCACGGCCAAGAGUAUUUGGCUGUAUUUGGAGGCGCCGGAGGGAAGGGGAACCAAUUCUUUCUGUCAAAUGAGAACCGUGCACCAAUGACAGCAACCCCAGGAACGCCAGGUCAGGAGCGGGCCCUUCAGCUAGAGCUGCGCACCAUGGCACACGCUGGACUGAUUGGCUUUCCAAAUGCAGGGAAAUCCUCACUGUUGCGAGCCAUCUCCAACGCCAGGCCGGCUGUGGCUGCUUAUCCUUUUACAACGCUAAACCCACAUGUGGGAAUUGUCAAAUACAGGGAUCACGAGCAAGUUGCAGUUGCGGACAUCCCCGGCAUCAUUCGAGGAGCCCAUUUAAAUCGAGGCUUGGGUAUUUCCUUCCUGCGUCACAUAGAGCGCUGUCGUUUCCUCCUCUUUGUUCUGGACCUGUCAGAGCCAGAGCCCUGGACCCAAGUCCAACACUUGUGUUACGAACUCGAUAAGUAUGAGCCUGGUCUGUCCCAGCGCCCACAGGCUAUUAUAGCCAAUAAAAUGGACCUGCCUGAAGCCCGGGGAAAGCUAGAGACUCUAAAGACACGCGUCACUCAGAGGGUCAUCCCGGUGUCAGCACUCACUGGACACAAUACAGAGGAGCUCAUUCUCCACCUCAGAGAGUUGUAUGACGGCUACAUCCAAGGAGAAGCUAGUGGGAAGGACAAACCUAGUAGGUGGUAGAAAACAAGUUUUUAUAUCAGUAGAGGAUAAUAUUGGAUGUAUUUAGAUCAAUUAAUAAAUAUAUAAACAAAGUUG